ACCGUCUCCCCGGAACUCAUAUAACCCAGCUGAGAGCCCAUGCUGAAUCGAUACAAGCGACAUGGAAGAAGUGUUUACACCUUUGGACUGCCUUCUUCCUUCAGGAAAACAGAGGAUAUGCCUCAUCAUCCUAAAUCAACCCCUGGAUGAGAAGUACUUCAAUGUCCUCUGGAGAAAAGCACUGUUGCGGGCCUGUGCUGAUGGAGGCGCCAACCACCUUUACAAUCUCACAGCUGGGAGAGACGAGAGUUUCCUGCCAGACUACAUAAGUGGAGACUUUGAUUCCAUAAAACCUGCAGUCAAGGCCUUCUAUGAAGAAAAGGGCUGCAAGCUGAUAGAGACGGCGGAUCAGGACCUGACUGACUUCACAAAGUGCCUGGACCUGAUGGUCAAGAGCAUCACAGAACAGCACCUGCAGGUGGACACCAUAGUGACCCUGGGUGGGCUGGCGGGCCGACUGGACCAAACAAUGGCGUCUGUGGAGACCCUCUUCCACGCCCGUGGCAUGACCGACAUCCCUGUAGUGGUCAUACAGGGCACGUCACUGGCCUACCUGCUCAGACAGGGUAAGCAGCAUCAGCUGGAUGUGAACACAGGUCUAGAGGGAGCAUGGUGCAGCCUCAUUCCAGUGGGUGGACCCUGCCUCACACACACCACGGGACUCAAGUGGAACCUUGAUAACCAGGUGCUGGAGUUCGGGAAGCUGGUCAGCACGUCCAACACCUACCAGCCUCACGAUCCUAGCGAGGGCAGGAAAGUAGUGACCGUGACCUCAGACAAGCCUCUGCUAUGGAGCAUGGGCAUCUCCAUGAAGUAGCCAACCAAGGCGGUCUACCCUCCACUGGACCAAAGGCUUAAAGUGAUACUGUCCCAUUUUUGGAAAUAAGCUCAUAUUACAC